AUGAGCACAAAAGGUGGAUUUGAGACAUAUCUGGAGAAAAUCUUCGAAGAUCCCACGGCGGUUGAUCAGAGAGGUGUAUGUCCACGAGUUCCGAGUUCCAACGCGGCCGAAGUACUCGACAAGGAGAUUAAUGGAAUGGAAUGGCCUAUGAAUAAGAGAGAAACAGUUUGUACGGUGGGUGGUAAGAGCUCCUCUGGUUUUUUUUCUCUGAGUACUGCUUCAGCUGAAGGGACUGAGAAUGUGAAGCCUUUUGCUUACAAGAAGAAAGAAGUAGAAAACGAAGAAGAUGAAGCCCUCUCCAUUUCUUUUAGCUUCAAUGUAUCGUUUUCCCCGCCAUUAAUGCGUCCUAACAAGACAGGUCUAUACUCUAACCAAAUGUCCAUUACAGUUGUGAAGGGUGGUCACAGUAAAUUACAAAGGCUUGAAGCAAAUCUAGCAAGAGCUCGAGCUCUUAUAAGGAAAGCCUCUCAAAACCAAACAUCGCCGUUACAAAGUGGGGAAGACUACAUUCCACAAGGAACUAUUUAUCACAAUGCCCACGAAUUUCAUCGGAGCUAUUUGGAAAUGGAGAAGUUGUUUAAAAUAUUCGUGUAUGAAGAUGGAGAUCCACCACUAUUCCACAAUGGUCCUUGCAAGGGUAUAUACUCUACAGAAGGGAGGUUCAUUCACCAGAUUGAAAUCAAUAAACAGUUCCUCCGAACCAGGGAUCCCGCCCGAGCUCUUGUUUACUUCCUUCCCAUCAGCAUAGCCCGUUCUGUUCAAUUGCUUUAUGUGCCCGAUUCCCGUGAUAUUGGCCCCAUUAAACAUUGCCAUUAUGUUAAUGCCAUUGCUGCCAAAUAUCCCUACUGGAAUAGAAGCCUCGGUGCUGAUCAUUUCUUGUUUUCUUGUCACGACUGGGGGCCUCUCAUAUCUGCUUACAUUCCUUACCUUCACCAAAACUCAAUUCGGGUUUUAUGCAAUGCUAAUACCUCUGAGGGAUUCAACCCUUCAAGAGAUGUGUCAUUUCCCGAAAUCAAUCUCAGAAGAGGUGAUAUUUCAGCUUUUUUAGGUGGUCUUCCCCCUCAGGCUCGCCAAAUUCUUGCUUUCUUUGCUGGGAAGCAGCACGGCCAUGUCCGACUGUUGCUGUUUGAGCACUGGAAAGACAAGGACGAAGAGUUACAGGUCUAUGAACACCUGCCCAGAGGAAUAUCUUACAGAGAGAUGAUGAGGAGGAGCAACUACUGUCUCUGCCCAAGUGGGUAUGAAGUUGCUAGUCCAAGAGUUGCCGAAGCAAUCUAUGCAGAAUGUGUUCCAGUGUUGAUUUCAGACCAUUAUGUUCCCCCAUUCAGUGAUGUUCUGAACUGGAAGUCCUUUUCUGUUCAGGUUCAGGUGAGAGACAUCCCCAACCUGAAGAGCAUUUUGAUGGGCACAUCUGAGGCGCAGUAUAUAAGAAUGCAAGCAAGGGUGAAGCAGGUUCAGAAGCAUUUUAUAGUGAAUGAUCCUCCCACAAGGUUUGAUGCCUUCCACAUGACCAUUCACUCAAUCUGGUUAAGGAGAUUAAAUGUCCAUAUUCAUGAUUAA